AUGUCCUAUCGCGACCCUUAUUCUGGACAUUACGCCGCGGGGGCGAGUACCCGUUAUGGUUAUGAGAGCCAUCAACAACCCCAUUAUGCAGACCCGCAGCAGCAGCAGCAGUACCCCACCUCCCAGUCCUACCGUCGUCCAUACUACGACGACGACAUGGCGAAUGAGCCUGAAGAAGCCAACCCGUACAUGUCAAACAGCAACAGCAACGGGAACUUCAACAACAAUGCACAGUCAUACAACUUGAAUGACGAAAGACAUAUCGGAGAGCAGCCGGACUAUAGCUAUGGAGAAAAUGCUCGUGCGGGGGCGUACGACUAUCCACCGGUGCAGAGGGACAGAAGUGUUAGGUCUGUGGGUCGGUCGCGGACGGGGGAUUCCUUUGGUCCUGCACGGAAGGAGGCGAGUGGGUUUGACCAGGGCGAGUUUGGACCACCGGCAGUGGUGGCACGCAAGAGUCGCACCCCUCGAGCGUUGCGAGAGUAUAGGUAUGAUCAUCAGGGGAAUCUGUGGACAAAGGGCGGUCGAGGGCGCUGUGCUGGAAGAGUCUGUUGCUGCUCUUUGAUGACAGCCGUCUUCUUGAUUGUCAGCAUUGUACUCACGUUGGCUCUAUAUGCCCGCCCGCCGAACAUCGAAAUUGGAGACGUUCAGGCUGUUCCGGUAAAUGGUAGUGUUCUUCAAAUGGGAGGAUCUAGUGGGCUUGAUUUCCAAGUCAAUCUUGGUGUUGCUAUUUCAGUUAGCAAUCCCAAUUAUUUCAGCGUGGGGCUCAAAAAGAUCGACUUGGAGUUGACCUACCCAAUUAACGACACCCCUGUGGGUGGCGGCGAAACCAAGGACAUUAAUUUCAAAGCCAACUCACAGACCAAUUUCACCUUCCCCUUCCACUUGACCUACAACCCCGUUGAAGACCCAAGUAGCGCUAUCCUCUCUGACCUUUUAGGGAAGUGCGGAGCAAACCCUCAAAACGUCGUUAUCAAUUACAAGAUUACGUUGGGCAUUCGUAUUCUUAUCAUAACUGUUUCGCCAGUCGUCUCCAAUCAGUUCAACUUCAGGUGUCCGGUUGACCUCUCGAAUCUUAGUAAAAUUGCGGGAGGUCUCGGAUUACGAGAAGACACUAACGGCACUUCAAUCGUGACAUAG